AUGCGAAUUCAAGUCGGAGCAGCGCCUGGAGCGCAACCACCGGCGAACAGCGUGAUCCGAUCGCUUCGCAAGGCUCAAGUGCUGGGCCUGCUGCUUGUGCUUGGCUUUGUGUGUGCGUUGACGCUGAUCAUGCUGCUGGACGCGGCGCCCGACCAGCAGCAGUUCUCGGUGGACGACGACCCUUGGGACGAGCUCGCGAUCGAGCAGAACGGCAUUGACGAUGCCACCAUGGAGGAGAUGCUGCGCCAGGACAUUGGUGUAAUGCACGUCAAGAACGUUCGGCGGCGCAAGGACGGCGGGGCAGCGGCGCGAGGAGGCGGUGGCGCGAAGGCUGCUCCUCUGGGAGACGCCGAGCGAGUGCCCCUUGCGCCAGUGCCGCCCGAGGCGCGUGGCCACAUCGAUGCUGAUGGCGGCAGCGGUGCGGGUGGCGAUGGGCGGCAGGCGGGCUCGGGCCGCGGGGCUGCGCGGAAGCAGCUCAUGGGAAUUGGGCGUCAGCGUGGCAGUGGCUCGGGCAGCGCCAAGAAGCGCAAGCCACAGCCACCACUGGAUGCACUGGGCAAUCAGGAGCAAGCUCAAGAUGUGCCGUUGAAGCGUGGCGGAGACGGACGAGAGAAUUUUGGCAAUGGUGCCGAGGAGCUUCGCGAGCAGCGCAUGCAGCAGAUUGCCGAGAGUGAACGCCGCGCUCUUCGUCGGCGCAAUGGCGAGCAAGGCCAGGGUGACGAGCAAGUCCCGAUUGACCCGUUAGCGCACGAUCCAUCCCAAGGGCAGGUUGCGGAGCCCGACGUCAAGGCAAAUCCCAAUGCAGAUCGCCGCCUUGCUCCCUUCGAUGCGAACGCAAUUCCCCCUGCCAACCCGCCGCCUCAGCAGCCAGCUGCGCGCGCACGCGUCAAGAAGGAUGUCGUCAACUGGUCAGACCGCAAGACUGGGCAUGCAUCCAUGCACCACUCGGACAAGCGCCAGUACGAGCUCGUCAUUGGCAUUACGAACGGUGCUCGCCAGCAGCCAACGCUGCCCGACACUCUGGAGUCCCUGAUGCCCUGGAUUGAUCCCACGCGUCACAAGGUGAUUGUCUGGCGCUCGUUUUCCACGCUUGGAGAUGGUCUCAAUGAGUUUCUCGAAAGCAAGUACCCCAGCGUCGAAGUGCUCCAAGCCAGUCGGGAGUACCUCGAGCUCAAUCCGAGCAGUCUCAAACUCACACACAACGAUACACUGGAUCGCGUCCAGUGGCGCUCUGGACAUGUGCUAGACUAUGCCAACCUGGUGCGGGCAUGCCGAUCGUACAAGUCAGACUAUGUGCUCAUCUUGGAGGACGACAUUGAGGUGUCGAAAAACUUUUUGACGCGGUUUAACAGCUGGUUUACGCGGAAUAACUUUGCCAACCGGCCGGACUGGGCCGUCAUUACCUUGUACAGCGACCAUCUGCCCGAGCAGGGCGUCGAUUUCGGUCAAACGCCCCUGCACGAAUGCCAAUGCGGUGCCGUUGCGCUGUUUUAUCGAGCCAACACGUUGGCCCAGUACGAAACCAUGCUACGGCGCGACUACUUUGAAGACCCUGUCGACUUUUUGUUUAUCAUUCACUACCAGUACGAGCAAAAACUCAAAAUCUACGAGCACAUGCCCAGCUUGGUCCAGCAUGUGGGCCGGCUCUCCACCCUCCUCACGAGCCUGUCCUUGUCGCCAGAGCAACGGCAAGAGCAAAUCAAGAUUCGCUCCCGAUGGCGGAGUCGCACCUACGUCUACGACGAAGAAGCAGCCCAGGCGCUCAAGCGAACCCCGUUCCGCUCAAAAGAUGGCUACAUUGGGUGCUAUGCCGACGACAUGACACGGCGAGAUCUUUUGGGCAGCAUUGCCAUCGGCGAAGGGCAUACUCCGAGCACCUGUCGCAAGGUUUGCGGCGGCUUUCCCUUCAUGGGGCUGCAAGGCGGCGGCGACUGCUUCUGCGGCACCGAAUUUGGCCGGUAUGGUCAGUUGCCAGAGCGCGACUGUGACAACAAGUGUGACCGAGACCCGCUCCUGUCGUGUGGUGGGCUAAUGCGAAACUCUGUGUAUCGAGUUUAG